CGAUGCCCAUCACUAAAGAACGAGCUGAGUAGGACACCAUGAUCAGGAAGCGUUAUAUUCUCAAAGAACCUGAGAUCAAAGAUUAUUUGGUCAAAGGAGAACGAUUCACAAAAUGGAAAGAAGACUCAUCACGCACUGUGCCUGUCACGAUGAAGAUGGAUCCAAAAGGAUUCUUCCUCUACUGGAUGAACUCCAGCAAGGAAGUAGAAAUUGUGGAUGUGGCGACCAUACGGGACACACGGACAGGGAAAUAUGCAAAACUUCCCAAACAUCAAAAAGUCCGAAACACAUUCAACAUGGACUUCCCUGACAGUAAUUACUUGGCCAAGACCCUGACCAUCGUAACUGGUCCUGACACGGUCAAUCUCACCUACUACAACUUCUUCGCAGGCAAAGAGAAAAUAGUGCAGAACUGGGCUGAUGACAUCCUGGCCAUCGUCUAUAAUCCUCAUAGGGCCAACGUCUGCAGACAAGUCUACCUGGAUAAAUUGUAUGUUCGCCUCACACUGCAAACCAACAAGGAUGGCAAGAUUCCUGUUAAAUAUAUCUAUAAGAUGUUUCCAGCUGACAAGAAAAGGGUUGAGAGUGCACUAGCAGCUGCAAAGCUUCCUAAAGGGAAGUUUGACUCCAUAAAGCUUGAGGUGUUCACUGAAGCUGCAUUCAAGACCUUCCUGAUGACCCUUUGCCCUAGACCAGAGGUCUAUGAAAUCUUCAGCACCUAUUCUAAUAAGCCCUACAUGACCAAGGAGGUCUUUAGCAAGUUUCUGUAUGAGAAGCAGCGAGACUCAAGGCUGAAUGAAGAGCUUUACCCACCACUGAGACCUGAUCAGGUGAAGGCCCUCAUUGACAAGUAUGAGCCCGCAUCCUCUAAUUCUAACCGCGGUCAGAUAACUGCAGAGGGUCUACUCUUCUUCCUAAUGGGGCCUGAGACAACACCUGUGAUGUUAGACAAAAUGGCCCAGUGCCAUGACAUGACCCAGCCCAUCCCUCACUACUACAUCAAAUCCUCCCACAACACCUAUCUCACUGCCGGUCAGUUCUCAGGUGCUUCCUCUCCAGAGAUGUACCGUCAGUGUCUGCUCGCUGGAUGCCGCUGUUUGGAGCUAGACUGCUGGAAGGGCAAACCUCCAGAUGAAGACCCAAUCAUUACUCACGGCUUCACAAUGACAACUGAGAUUCUUUUCAGGGAUGUGAUUGAGGCUAUUGCAGAGAGUGCAUUCAAAACAUCUAAAUAUCCAGUCAUCCUCUCCUUCGAGAACCACGUGGAUACAGUCAAACAGCAGGAGAAGAUGGCUAACUACUGUAGGACCAUAUUUGGAGAUGCUCUACUCAGUGAACCCCUGGAGAAGUAUCCAUUGAAGCCAGGCCACCAGAUCCCCAGUCCUUCUGAGCUGAUGGGAAAAAUUCUGAUCAAAAACAAGAAGGGACCCACAGGCCCAGCCAAACCUCCACCAAAGAAAGCACAAGAGGAGGCUCAUAGUGAGAACACCGGUGAGAAGAAUCACACGCUGUUUCAUAUAAGCAGUCAUGUUUUACUUAACCCUGAACAGUCAAGUGAUGUGUUGUGUCUUUCAAAAGUAGAGCAGCCUGAGAAUCCUGAGAACCAUCACAAUGAAAAUGAAGAGCACCACGAUGACCAGCACGAUGACCAUCAUGAUGAACACCAUGAAGAUGAGGAACAAGAUGAGGAAAAGAUGAAGAACUCAGAUGAGGGUACAGCUGGACAGGAAGUAACGGCUUUUGAGGCAAUGUCUUCAAUAGUCAACUAUAUUCAGCCAAACAAGUUCAUCUCCUUUGAGCAUUCUAGAACAAAGAACAGGAGUUAUGCAAUCUCAUCUUUUGUGGAAACCAAAGGAGAGAGCCUGAUCGCCAAGAGUGCUGUGGAGUUUGUCGAAUAUAACAAGAGACAGAUGAGUCGAAUCUACCCCAAAGGAACACGUAUGGACUCUUCCAACUAUAACCCUCAGCCUUUCUGGAAUGUCGGCUGUCAGAUGGUGGCACUGAACUACCAGACCAUGGAUUUUCCCAUGCAACUGAACAUGGCACUGUUCGAGUAUAACGGGAGGACUGGGUACCUCUUAAAAAAUGAUGUGAUGCGGAGGAAUGACAAGACAUUUGACCCCUUCACAGACAAGAUUGACACCAAUGUGCCCAACACACUCUCAAUCAAGAUCUACUCAGGCCAGUUCCUGUCUGAUAAAAACGUGAAAACAGCAGUAGAAGUGGAGAUCAUUGGCUUGCCUGGAGACCCAAAACGCAAAUAUCGCACCAAAAACACGGCCACACCAAAUGCCAUCAACCCUGUAUGGAAUGAGGAGCCCUUUGUGUUUGAGAAGAUUCUGUUGACAGAACUGGCUUCAGUCAGGAUAGCGGCUUAUGAGGAAAACGGGAAAUUCAUUGGGCACAGAAUUAUUCCCAUAGAUGCCAUCCAAUCAGGAUUCCAUCAUCUUUGUCUGCGUAGUGAGAGUAACAUGCCUCUGAUGCUGCCUGCUCUGUUUGUCUACAUUGAGGUGAAGGAUUACAUCCCUGCUGCGUUUGCUGAUUUCACAGACGCUCUCUUCAAUCCAGUGAAGACCACAAAGCCUGCAAAACAGGAGAGUGCUAACUAUGUAAGCAAAUAUGAGAUGCCUGGUGCAGCAGCUGUUCCAGCCACAGUGCCUGAGGUUGAUAAAGCCCCAGCAGAGGGCGAUGCUAACCCUGCAGAAACACCUGCUUCAGAUGCAGAGCCUAAAUCAGAUGCCCCAGAGUCCACUGACGGAGAAAAUCCCAAGUCAGAUGACCAGCCAGAACCAGGGGAUCAAGAACCACAAACAUCUGAAGCUGAGCCAAACCCUGAGGCUCCUGCGACCUCAGAAGAGGCUCCUCCAUCUGAAGCACCUCCACCCACCGAAGAGGCUCCUCCCACUGAGGAACCUCCAUCUUCUGAAGAGCCUCCGCCCACUGAGGCACCUGCACCCACAGAAGAGGCUCCUUCUACUGAGGCACCUGCACCUUCAGAUGAGGCACCUGCACCUUCAGACGAGGCACCUGCACCUUCAGACGAGGCACCUGCACCUUCAGACGAGGCACCUGCACCUUCAGACGAGGCACCUCCACCUUCAGACGACGUACCUCCAUCUUCAGAUGAAGCACCUGUACCUUCUGACGAGGCUCCUGCAGAAACUCCUGCACCAUCUGAAACCCCUGAGGCAGAGAAUCCCGCUGAUCCAAAUGAGCUGGCCUCUGUGACCUGUGAUGAACUGCAGCAGCACAAGAACUACCUGAAGGUCACCAAGAAGCAGGAGAAAGAGCUGAAAGAGGUGGAAAAGAAGUUCCAGAAGAAGUCCGAGGAGCUAACUCAGAAAUACAGUGACCUCUUCAAAUCCCUCAAGAAGAAGACUUCACCGAAGAAGAAUGAAGCAGGGGCUGAGGGGCCAAAUGCAGGGCAAAUCAAUGAGCUGAAAAAAAAGCUGCAGACAGAGCUUCGAUCACUGUGGGUGGAGAAGAACGAUCAGCUGAAGAAGAAGAAAGAGCAGCAUGCCUCUGAGUGUUUGACCAAGCUGCUGGAGUUGGCUACAGAGAGACACGCCAGUGAACUAAAGGCACUGAACAGUGACAGUAAAGAGGGGAAGAAGAAAGAAUCAAAGAGCUCAGGUUCUGAGAAAAGCAGCUUGAAGAAGAGCAAGAGUACGGAACAGCUUGACAAUAACGAUGGUGCACAGUCUGCAUCUAGCGAUGGAAUUUCAUUACAAGAGCAGGAGCAGAAACUUAAGAAGAAACAGGCUGAAACUCUGGCUGACAUCAGAAACGUGAACAGUCAGAUGAACCAGCAGGCUGUAUCAGAGCAUGGUAAGAAGAUGUGGUCUCUACCAGGCGAUCUUAAGGAAGCAGUAAAUUCCUGUGUGGGCGCUCACUUUCCUGAGCAUGUGGAUAAGGUUGAAGACACCAAGUCAGACCAAAGUAGCCAAUACGGCCAAGUUUACAGAGGCUAAUGUCCAGUCAGCUGCUUUUCCUUAGCUCUCCUUAUCAUUUCUGCAAGCGUAUUUGGAAAAUUUUGGAAAAUCAUUCUGCAGGAACUUGAUGUGUUUGAUCCUCAUGUUUCAGUCCAUAUGUUGAUACAAUUUUUGAGUGAAAUGAGUGCAAUGUUCCAGAAUUUCUCCCAAGACAUUUAUAGUAAAGCCAUUAGCACCAUGCUUUAAAGAUUUCUCAGGAUGAGGGUGAAUGUUGAUUCUGUAAAAGCGACGAUCACCUGCAGCGCUAUGCUGUUACAGAAAUGUGUUAGUUGUGUUUUUAGGGCGUAUUGAAUAGUUAUUACAAAGGACAUUGAUCUAUGGUCUUCAUUUAGCACUUUUUAGCCAGUUAUUUACGCAGGCAUUUUGGUAUGUGUACAUUUGGAACACAUAUACAGACAAAUGUCUAUGGACUUCCUAUUCAUAUAGUACAUAUCAGGGCUUUGAACCGGUUCAAGGAACGAAAACGAAAACCGGGAACUUUUUCUAUUUCACAUGGAACAGAAACGAAACCAGAAACUUUAUUAUUUUUUAUGUUCCGGAACAGAAAUGCUUAUUAAAAAUAAUGGUAACCGGUUAAUACCGGUUUUUAUUUCGUUCCUCAAAGUUUCCGUAGCCUACAAAUAAAAAAGUCAUUCUUCUCCUGUGCAAGUUUCUAUGACCCGCUGGGGUUCACUUCCUGUGUGACGUUCGCUGACUGAAUGGAGAGAGCGGGAGGGUGGACUACUAUCACGUCUCCACAUCUUAAAUCUCAUCUCAUUAUCUCUAGCCGCUUUAUCCUUCUACAGGGUCGCAGGCAAGCUGGAGCCUAUCCCAGCUGACUACAGGCGAAAGGCAGGGUACACCCUGGACAAGUCACCAGGUCAUCACAGGGCUGACACAUAGACACAGACAACCAUUCACACUCACAUUCACACUUACGGUCAAUUUAGAGUCACCAGUUAACCUAACCUGCAUGUCUUUGGACUGUGGGGGAAACUGGAGCACCCGGAGGAAACCCACGCGGACACGGGGAGAACAUGCAAACUCCGCACAGAAAGGCCCUCGCCGGCCACGGGGCUCGAACCCAGGACCUUCUUACUGUGAGGCGACAGCGCUAACCACUACACCACCGUGCCGCCCGCCACAUCUUAAAUAAGAGGAAAAUAUUGCAGUCUGUCGUUAUUCGAAAACGUCAAUUUCAAACAUGAUAUCAAUAUAUUUGUCCACGUUAAUGAGAGGCUCGCGAACAUUAAAUGACGUUAACCUCUAUUAGCCUAUCAAUGCAAGGCCUGACUAGCCUUUGGUAACACACUAAACGAAUUAUCUUUCAUUUUUGGCACUUUUUCUGUUUGUGUAGAUGGGAAGACAUACUGAGAAUCCAAAUCGCCAACAUCUGAAAUAAUAAUUGUUUUGAAUUAUUUUUUGUCUUAUUUAAUGAAGGUUGUAAUAGAAUUAGCCUACAUUUGGCUUAAGCCGGAUGAGACAGAGACAUAAUUUUAUAGCCAUUUGUUAAACAGCUGACAGGGAACGUAAUUAACCGUUCCGGGAACUAAAUUUUUUUGUUCUAACCGGUUCGGGAACGUCUAUUUAAUGGUGGAACCCAAAACCGGAAACGUUAAAAUUCUGUUUCUGUUUGGAACGAACCAAUAGGAAAAAAAUUCUGGUUCAAAGCCCUGGUACAUAUAGAAUAUAAUUAAAUGUUACUUAUU